AUGUUCUUACAAUCGCUGCUUGUCUCGGUUGUGUCAUUCACUGCACUUGUACUGGGAUCUCCAAUCCCAGCCAAGUCUCCUCACUCUGUGCAGUUUGUAACCGACAGAAACGAAAAGCGUUUCUUUGAUUAUGCUACUCAUCAAUACAGUGAUCCAGUCCGCGGUGUCAACAUCGGUGGUUGGUUGGUGUUGGAGCCUUAUAUUACUCCUACUCUUUUUGAAGCUUUCCGCACAAACGCCUAUAAUGAUGAUGGAAUUCCAGUUGAUGAGUACCAUUAUGCUCAACAAUUGGGUCAAGAUAUUGCAGCUAGUCGUCUAGAGGCUCAUUGGUCUAGUUUCUACACCGAGCAGGAUUUCAAAGAUAUCUCAGAUCUAGGUUUCAACCUUGUAAGAAUCCCAAUCGGUUACUGGGCUUACGAAAAAUUGGAAAAUGAUCCUUAUGUUAUGGGUAAACAGGCUGAAUACUUGGACCAAGCUAUUGAGUGGGCUGGUAAGUAUAAUUUGAAGGUUUGGGUUGAUUUGCAUGGUGCUGCUGGUUCUCAAAACGGCUUCGAUAACUCUGGUCUAAGAGAUUCUUGGGCUUUCUUGGAAGACAGCAAUUUGCAAGUUACCACUAGAGUGAUUGAGCAUUUGCUGGAUAAAUACUCUCAGGACGAAUAUUUGGAAACUGUUGUUGGUAUCGAAUUGAUCAACGAACCUUUGGGUCCCGUGUUGGACUUGCAAAAGAUGAAGGACCAGUACUACACCCCAGCUUACAACUAUUUGAGAAAUACUUUGAACAGAAACCAAAUCAUUGUUAUUCAUGACGCAUUCAUGGCUUUCAACUACUGGGAUGAUUUCUUAACUGCUGACUCCGGUGCUUGGGGUGUUGUUGUGGAUCACCAUCACUACCAGUGUUUCAACAACGACGAUUUGCAAAAAUCUAUUGAUGAACACGUUGAAUUGGCCUGUUCUUGGGGUAAAGGUGUUUUGAACGAGGCUCACUGGACCGUUAGUGGUGAAUUCUCGGCAGCUUUGACCGACUGUACCAAAUGGAUUAACGGUGUCGGUGUCAGUCCUCGUUACGAUGGUUCUUUCAACAAAGAUGGUGAAACUUCUAGUUACAUUGGUUCUUGUGCUAACAAUGAAGAUAUCUCUUCUUGGUCCGAGGAAAGAAAGCAAAACACUAGAAGAUAUGUCGAAGCUCAAUUGGAUGCCUUUGAGAUGAGAGGAGGUUGGAUUAUCUGGUGUUACAAGACAGAGAACACCAUCGAAUGGGAUCUACAAAGACUAACUUACAACGGUCUAUUCCCACAACCAUUGACCGCAAGACAAUAUCCAGGCCAAUGUAACUGA